CCCGGGCCCCCAGCCCCCAGCCCCCUGGUCUGCGUCACUGCCCGCUGUGAGGGCUGUGGAAGGGAUAUAAGGGGGCUGUCAGCCUCGCUGUCAGAGCCCACUGAGCGGUGAUGGAGACUCGCCAGGUGCCCAGGAGCUCCCGGGUGCGGCUACUGCUGCUGCUUCUGCUGCUUGUGCCCUGGGGCGUUGGCACUGCCUCGGGGGUCGCCCUGCCCCCCGCGGGGGUCUUCAGCGUCCACUCACCCAGCCGAGCCUGGGCGGGCCCGACCACCCGCGUGUGGCGACGGACCCUGGCGCUGGCGGACGACGCAGCCUUCCGGGAGCGCGCACGGAUGCUGGCUGCCCUGGAGCGCCGCCACUGGCUGAACUCAUACAUGCACAAGCUGCUGGUGCUGGAUGCGCGCUGA